AUGGCUGCUGACGACUUGAAUAAAUGGAUUGUUGCAAUGCGUUUAGAAAGCUUUAAUCCAACAAAGAGUUCAAAAAUUUGUUCUAACUAUUUUAAACAAGAAUCGUACAUUGUUUGUGGUUGGAGUUCAAAAAAGCAACUUAAAAAAGAUGCUAUACCAGGCAUUUUUGAUUUUCCUAGCAGUUUAAUGAAACUAGUGAAGCCUAGAAAACCUCCAGCAAAUAGAAAAACCACAUGUGAAAAUAUUGAAACAAUAAAUGAUGCUGCAUCUUUUUCAAGUACCUCAGAAACUGCAUCUUUAGAUAGAGAUGAAUCAUUGGAAUUAAAUGUUUCGUAA